AGAAGAAAGAGGUGGAGCUGUCCCUGACCGAGCGACUGGAGUGAGGGUUCAGAGAUGGGCAGUGAGAAGGAGCAGAAUCCAGAACAGCAGCUGCCUGAGGAAGGGGAAUUGGGUAAGCCUUGGAGAGUAGAUGACUUGGGUGUUUUUCGGAUCCCAGGAAGGGAAAAGGAGCAUGAGCAGGGGAGCCUGUCUGAGGGACCACAAGGAACCCAUCCACAAAAGCCAUGGGAGAAAGUCACCGUCCCAGCUAGAGAGCCAGGAGACCCCAAUGCUCAUGCAAGACUGGAGGCAGACGAGAAGCCCUUUAUUUGUGCCCAGUGUGGCAAAACCUUCAAUAAUACCUCCAACCUGAGAACGCACCAGAGGAUCCACACUGGCGAGAAACCUUACAAGUGUUCUGAAUGUGGCAAGAGUUUCUCUAGAAGCUCCAACCGCAUCCGGCAUGAACGGAUCCACCUGGAGGAGAAGCACUACAAAUGUCCCAAAUGUCAGGAGAGCUUUCGGCGCCGCUCAGACCUCACCACACACCAGCAAGAUCAUCUGGGCAAGAGGCCAUACCGCUGUGACAUCUGUGGCAAGAGCUUCAGCCAGAGUGCCACGCUGGCUGUGCAUCACCGGACCCACCUUGAGCCAGCACCCUAUAUCUGCUGUGAGUGCGGCAAGAGCUUCAGCAACAGUUCCAGCUUUGGCGUGCACCAUCGCACCCACACGGGCGAGAGGCCUUAUGAGUGCACUGAGUGUGGGCGGACCUUCAGCGAUAUCUCCAACUUUGGAGCACAUCAGAGGACCCACAGAGGGGAGAAACCCUACAGGUGCACUCUAUGUGGGAAACACUUCUCCCGGAGCUCAAAUCUUAUCCGACACCAGAAAACUCACGUGGGGCAGCAGGCUGGGAAAGAUUACAGCUGAAGGAGAGACCCAUUCAGAGUAAGGGAGAGAACAGAAGAGACCCCAGCCUAGUGUAGGGAAAAAAUCCUUAGGAUCUGUUGCUGUUCCCUUAACUUCAAGCCCUUCAUCCCACUUUGGAAAAUGGUUUCCUUUUGUCUGUGAAGCCAGAAUCUCCAGGAAGACCUGAAAAGGAACUCUGAGUAAAAGUCCUUACCUCUUUCCAGGCUCCUUUCUUGCCUUGGAAAGGCCAGAGGACCCAGUCUUGGUUUUACCUUCUUGGGGGAAAGAGAAAUAGGGCAGGCUGAGAAUAUGCUCAUGUCAUUAAGCACCGGUCUCCUGGCCUUUGAGAAAAUGCCUGUGAGAUGGGCAUUCAUGUCUGAAGGUCCUCCAAAUUGUAUAUGGACUGAAGUGGCCUGCUAGUUCCCAGUCUCUGUGUCCCCAACUUUGCCUCUAGGUCUCUGGGCUGGGAGGAGGGGCCUUUCCAAUGGAAGGGGCUUCCCUGACCUCGAGAAGAGAUCUGAGGUCCUGCCUUAGGAAUUAAAGGGAAGCUCUCAGGGGCCAUGAACCAGGGACGUUCCUACUCCCCCAUGUUUGUUACUUGUUACUCCCCACCCCAACCUGUAUCUUUUUCUCCAGUGUUACUAGCAGUAAAACCUGUCAAUGAAAA